AUGAUCUCCAAUUUUACAAGGAUGAAACAGUUUCUUAUCCUUGGAUUCCCUGGACUUUCACCACAGUAUUAUGGACCUGUGUCAGCUAUGUUCUUUUUCAUCUACCUGGCUAUUGCAAUAGGAAAUAUUUUCAUUUUAGCAUUUAUUGUCUAUGAAAAGUCCUUGGAACAACCAACAUAUCUGGUUUUCUGUCACCUGGCACUGAAUGACUUAACAUUUGGCACUGUGACUCUCCCAAAGAUCAUAUCAAAAUAUUGGUUUGGUGAUAGCAUUAUUUCAUUUUAUGGGUGAUUUACACAGAUGUUCUUUGUUCAUUAUUUAGGAUCAGUGACUUCUUUCAUCUUGUUCGUAAUGGCUCUUGAUCGAUUUAUUGCAAUAUGUAAUCCAAUGCGUUAUGCUAUCCUAAAAACAAACAACAUCAUAUCUGUGCUCUAUGGGUUUGCUUGGUUCAUACCUCUGCCUUUGAUGGUAGCUGUUGUACUCCAUGCCCUCACUUUACCUUACUGUAAAUCAAAUGUCAUUGCUCAGUGCUACUGUGACCACAUUUCUAUAACAAGUCAGGCAUGUGGUGAGGAUGUUAAAAUAGUUGCAGUCACUUCUCUGUGUGUAGCCAUGUUUUGUCUUUUGCUUCCUCUUGCAUUCAUUUUGUUUUCCUAUGUUUCCAUUAUUGUGGUUAUUAUGAAAAUGUCCAAUGCUACAGGGCGCAAAAAAACCUUAUCAACUUGUACCCCACAAAUAUUUAUCACUUGCCUUUUUUACCUUCCCAGAUGUUUUGUUUACGUAGCUAAUACUGUUGGAUUUUCUUUCAGUUUAGAUGUUCGCAUUUUAUUGAUAUUGUUGUACAGUCUUUUUCCUGCUGCUGUUAAUCCGAUCAUAUAUUGUUUCAAGACUCAAGACAUUAAGCAGACGUUGAUGAAGAGGCUGAAGAAAACUAAAAUUGGAAUAGAGAUAAAACUUUCAUAUUAAUGUAAAGCUGACAGGCGAGGCAUAAUGCACAUGAUAAGACAACAGCAGGAUUUAGCUUGUGAAAUUAAAGACAACCCCACCAUCACAAUGUGGGCUGUACACUUAACCCCCAACUUUAAUUGUUGCUUUCCCCCAGGCAUUGAUUUAUCCAAAUUUCAGCCUUGGCCUUUUUCUUUUUUGCACCUUUAGUUCACAGGAAACAGUUAUGGCAAACUGCUAUUUAAUGUCAAGUUCUAUCUUGUGCACUGAAAAGCGUCAUCUCUCAGGCAAGGCUUGAUAGGCAAACUAUGUGAUUUAAAAACAUAAUCUUUACCUGUUUUGCAAAGUUGUUGGUACUACCUUUAAGAUAAUAGAUACAGUAAAACCAUAAUAAAAAUGUCUGAAUUAGGCUGAAUAUUCUGAAUAGACUGUUCCACUAUUACUGCAAAGGAUCUUUUGUCCUCCCAGUUCAGUCUAGAGGCUUAAAGGCAACGCUGUCGUGGUACAGCUGUACCACUCCUAGUGUCUCUUUGUCCCCUGUUGGUUCCUUUCCUGUGUUUGUCUGUAUGUGUGUGCUGGCGGGUCGUGGCCUCCAGAGAACCUCCACUCAGAAUCAGACACACCUGCUAGUCAUCUGCUGCUACUCAGCUGUUCUCCAUCCACCAAUCAAGACCACGCAGUAUAUCUACCCAGCUCUUCUCACCAGUCUUUGCCAGAUUGUCUGUUAAUGCUAGUGGUACUACGACUUAGCUGCUGUCCUAUUUCCAAGCGCCAAUAUCCUAGAGGUGUUCAGCACAAGUACAAACUAAUCUUUCAACUGAACUGACCAUACUGAAUCACCAUUGUCACUGACCAAAUGAAAUACUGAAAGCCACAGAAGCAAUCAGGAUUUGAUAACUUUGUUGGCUGAAGAGAUUAACCUUGUAAACGAUGCUUGUAUGUGGCCUAGUUUUCUACUGAACCGAACAAAACAGUUUAAAUCAACGACUGACUGAAUGGACUGAAGACAAUCGAAAGCAGCACUGAACGUCACAGCAUUAUGAACGGUGAUCACCUACUGAUGUACUUACUAAAGUUUAUUUGAACGAUGCGAUCACUUAGAGAAAAACAAACUAGCCUAUAUAGUCAGUGAUGACAAAUCUUUGAUCUGAACAAAAUUCUAAUGCUCAUCAAUUCACCAGAAAAGCAGCAAUUUUGUCACAUUUGCUCCUAGAUCAGCACCUCCCAGUACCUCAGAACUGUACCUUGAGUACUUCUUCUGUCUGUACUGUGUUUCUGGUCUGUUCUACGGGCAUUGAUUAAUGCAUGUGUCAAAUGACAAAACAAUGUGUGAUGCUACCGGUGUGUGUUGCAAGUUAAAAAGCAGAAGGCUUUUGUUGGACAAUAUGAAAAUCCUCAAGGGGUUUGGGAGUUCAGUGAUAUUUUGAGGUUUACUAAUAGUAACAACAUACUGUAUUAUGUUGUAUUUUUCAAUGCUAAGCUCUCAGUGAAUACAAGUGGUAAACAAAA